AUGGUGCCACAGGAUUCCGGUUGGUCAUGGAUGGUUCUGAUAGGUGCGGCUCUUCAGCUGAUGUUGACACUCGGGAUAUCAAAAUCAUCCGGAAUUUUAUUCGUUGCUUUUCAAGAUCGAUUCGAUUCUUCGGCAGCAACCACAUCCUUACUUUCGACGGUGCAAAACCUAACAUACGGUGUAUCCGCAAUGUUUGUCAUGACUGUAGGAGUGAAACUGACGACUUGCAGAAAUCUCGUGUUCGUUGGAUCUUUAUUAAACUCUGCUGGAUUUAUUAUCACGUCUAGGGCUGUUAGCAUAAACGUUCUACUAUUUUCAUAUGGAGUGUUAAUUGGUCUGGGUUAUGCAUUAACGAUCGGAACGUCGAUAAUUAUGGUCGGACUUUACUUUGACAAAAGGAGGGGCUUAGCUACUACCCUUGCAAUAGCAGGGGGCUCAGUUGGCCUUGACACAUUUCAACAAGUGCUUGGCUUUACAGAGUCAUCUCAAUGUGUUACUGCUGCCUGCGAGUUCUACAUUGUCGGUUAUUUGCAUGAUGUGACUGGAAAUUGGGUUGUACCUUUUCACUUUUUGGGAUCUUCAGUGAUGUUAGGAGGAAUCAUUAUGUUUUUUCUGCCGAAACUGAAGACUGAAUGA